UGGUUCAUUCAAAAAUAACGGGCACGCAACCUUGCCAUUUAAAUGUUUUAACAGAGGUUCGUUUCUCUUAUUUGUGUCCAGCGAGGAAUAAGUGAGAGUAGAUUCAGCUACACGCAUCAACGACUCACGGUGUCUCAUUUUAAGGUAAUACUUUUAAACGUAAAAAGAAAUCAUGGGAUCAAGUGAGAGCAAGAUGUCUGCGUCUACAGCAUUAAAACCAGAACCAGUCAUCAAUAAGACUCAAGUCAGUCAUCUGAUAGAUCCACGCUCUCCCUCAACUGGCAUAGAUCGAACGCCCAUUCAGGUUGACGGAUUUGUGUCCAAAACUUCUGCUAAAGUGAAAAGUGAGUGUCCUCUGGCAUUCGGUGAUCCCCGUUCACCUACCAUUGGCAUUACCCGCACGCCUGUAAGGGAAGUCAUGAGAGCUACAGUCGGGUCGCUUGCUCGUCGCCUGGGUAUGCUUUUCCACAAUGAGGCAGAGGGCAAAUCCCUUGAAGGCGCUAAGAACUUUAGCGAUGCUGUGGAGGAGGAGGUCCUCAGAGAUGAAGAGUUGGCUUCUGCGGAGUCCCUCCAGGCUCCACUGUUGCCCUACAACGUGGACUCACUAGCUGAGCAUGCUAACCUCCUGGCUACUCCUGUGCAGCUCCCUGUGCAGAGCACAGGUGACUCAAGUCCCUUCGUUCUUCUUGAGGAACCUCAGGUGGAGAUUGAAUGCGAGGAUAUUAGUCUGGAGGAGGCAGAAGAAGCAAGAGAGUCUCCUCUUCACAAGAGACUGAGCACGAGCCUGAUAACUUACCACGAGGGAGCAACUGCGUCCUACAUCUUUACUGAUGUGCACGGUGAUGGUGCGACAUCCCCAGAGCCCAGUGUGGAGUCACUCAAGAAUGAUGGGGAUCACUCUUACGCUGUUCCUUCCAUCACUGUUAAGUCCCCUGUUGAGCCUUCCCUCACCGCGGAUGUAGAUAAUUCCCCUGUACAGCCAGAGGAAGCUGAGAAACCUCCACAAGACGCAAAAGAAUCUCCUUCCUUGCCUCCAGUAUCUUCAGAGGCACCAAGUGUUCCCAGCCCACAGCAGCCACAGGUGUCCACCGGCAUCCGCUGUCCCACCUUUGACUCGAAGAGCCCCAGUCAGGCAGUGUUCAAGCCACAGUGGUUGAGCAAAGGCUUUGGUGCCACUGGGGUAAGAGCCAGAGGAGUGCAGGGGCACAGUGGCAAAGGAGGCGCCUCACCUCUUGCCGUUCGUGUGGCUGUUAAGAACAUAGCUAAUGAAAACAAGGGUCAGUCUGGAAAAUUGAAGCAGAAAGGUUCUGAAGGUCGCUCCCCACUGCAGAUCCUUAAGGAAACCAACUCUCCCAGGGAACACCGUUCUCAGAUGAAGCCAAAGGUCUCCACACCAGACAGGCAGAGGCUUGGACAGAUGGACCGCAGAGUGCUAGCCGUGUCUGUGGAUAAGGAAAACAGAUAAGGCACUACAGUAAUAGUCCAGCCUUUUAUACUUAAAACAUGUUUUUAUGUGUACAGUUCAUGGGCUUUUAAUGUUUUGUGUAUAUAUAUUACUUGAACCACCACCGUGCAGUUUUCUAUCUUGUUUUGUAAUUGUGUAAAUAUAAAUAAAAUUAUUUCCGUCCAUCA